AUGGUUUCCAAAGAUAUUAAAGAAAAACAAUCAGGAUGGGCAGACCUGGCACAACAGAAUGGUACAAAGUUAUCUCUGUUAAGCCAGACUGUUAUGUUACUGACCAUUAAGAGUGAAAAGAGGAGACAGAUAGAAUUUUACAAGAAAAAGGGUCUUCAAAUGCCACAUGGAGAUGCGUACGAGGAUGACAAGAAGAACAUUGAGAAGAAUUCUCCAGAUAAGGAGGAUAAUAAAGACUAUCAUCGUCUUGAUGAGCAAGUGAACGUGUGUCUUGAGUGUCUCGAAAUUAACGUUCUGAAAAGUUUAAAACGUAAAAUACUAAGACUGUCUUCCCAAGCCACUGUGACUCAUUUAAAAAAAUUUGUGGCUUUAAAAGUGUUUGGAACAAUAGAUCGUUACAAAGAUGUAAAUUCAUCAUUUGUUGACUGA